UUGUCACAAGUACCCAUAUCUAUUAAAUUUAGUCUUAAAUUUUAUUGUUUAUAUGAAAGGAAAUGUUUUUUAAGUCAGUCAAGAUUUUUCGUUCGUAAAUGCGAUACUGUUAGAAAUUGUUUGGCAACUGCUUCAAAAUUUUACGUUAACUGUGCAUCGACCAGCUGCGUUUGCAACGAACACUGUAGACGACACGGUAGGAGACAGGGACACGGGAAGACCAAUCUGGAUUGGACCACAAUCAAAUUCACCGUUUUUUAAGAGAUCGUUUAAAGGACAUGAGUCAGGCAUCGUCGAGUGGGUUCGGUAUGAACCGCAACCGUUAUUACAAUCCUGUCUCGAAAAUACAAUCGCUAAUCCAUAAUCUGGAUGCGGAAUUGGUACACCUAUGUAAGCAGUGUUCGGUGCCAAAGCCGCUGACCAGUUACAAUUACAACAACUCCACGACAUCUGGAACGGGAGGAAGUAGUGGGCCCAGUGCGUACUCCUCACACGGGGUUAUGGGCACUCACCGUUACUCUGAUAGCAUCAAUAAUCUCUUGGCCCGCGCCAAAUCCACCGGUUCGACUCAAAGUCAACGGAGCUCCACGUUACCGCCGGAAGCGAAUAAGCGGCAGCUGAGAAACUUGUAUAGGACACGGGUAAUCGAUGCUUAUCGCAAUAGACGGAUAUUCACAGUCUAUGGUAACUAUCACACGGUCAGGCGGGCUCUGAUGCGGCGCGGCUGGUUGGAAAAGCUGCCGCCGACGCGUCAUGCCAAGCUACAGACUAUGUCGGAGGACUCAUUGCUGGAGCAUGCGCGUCGUGGCAAUGACUAUGAAGCAGUUAUCAUCUCCAAGAUGAUCAAUCACUUUCCGGCCUUCUUCAUUUGGCAGGGUAAGGGUCAAAAGGAUCUCUGUGCCGAGGUUCUGCCGUUCCGGAAUCGCGUUAGACGCAGUCAAUUUCUGGAUUUCUCGACCAAAGUGGGUCUGGUUGGGUGUGCCGAGCAGGAACGCUGGUUUCGCGAGGAUGGCGUCUGCGGCAUGAGUUAUCCACGUUUCUAUCGCUUGGGUGGAAACAGUGUGGAGGAGCGUAUGGCCUUCAUUGAAGACUAUCAACACACUCAGGCUCGUUCCCUAUUGCGCUAUAUUAGGGAGCGUCGUAUAUCCGAAAUGAUUGAUCCAGAAAACGGUGCAGUCCAAAGCACCACCUUGGACUUUGCUCUGAGCAAGGUUAAGAAAAUGAUUCGCCACGCCGAGCACUAUUCUCUGGAUGAUGCCAGGAUCAAGCCUCCCACACCUGCCGAAAUAGUGGAGAAUCAAACAUUUAUGGUACAGUCAUCAGAUAUUCUGAAGAAUAAUGCCAAAUUCAAGGUCACCGAGAAGGUUAUGACAGAAUACGCCCGUUUGGCAGCUCAAUAUAUCGAUCAGGUUGAGACACUACGCCCCGAUUUCCGCUGGGAUGGGUGUAGAAAUUUGUGGAUACUGAAACCAGGCUAUCAAUCGCGUGGCAUUGGAAUUGUCAUACGAAGUUCCCUAGAUGACAUUCUGGCAUGGACGUCGAACAAUCAAAUUAAGAAAUAUAUUGUUCAGAAGUACAUAGAACGUCCCCUUCUCGUCUAUCGCACUAAAUUCGAUAUACGUCAGUAUAUGCUGAUAACCAUUGGCGAAUCUCAGGUGACUAUUUGGACGUAUCGUGAUUGCUAUCUCCGGUUCAGCUCGCAGGAGUUCACAAUGGACGAUCUGAGGGAAUCCAUACACUUGACCAACAAUUCAGUGCAGAAGCGUUACAAGAACAAAUUGAAUCGUGACUCGCGAUUGCCUAAGCACAACAUGUGGUCAUUGGAUCAAUUUAAAUGCCAUCUACGUCAUGUGAAUGCACCAGACGACACAUGGUCAAAGAUCUACAGUGGUUUCAAACAGAAUUUAGUGGCCGUGGUGAUGGCGAGUUUGGAUGAAACUGAAUUGGUGCAAAACGCAUUCGAAUUAUACGGAUGUGACUUUAUGCUGGAUGAGCACUAUAAUCCCAUAUUGAUAGAGAUUAACUCGACACCAGAUCUAUCACCAUCCACAGAGGUUACAUCCCGAAUUUGUCCCUUGGUUCUGAAAGAUGUCAUUCGUGUUGUCGUGGAUCGGCCCAAAAAUGCCGCGGCUGGCACAGGACUCUUUGAGAAAGCCUUCGAGGUAAACUACAAUAUCAACAAGGGUGGUGAUGCAAAGCAGCCAUUGGAAUUGAACGGCAAACAGAUGACUCUAUUUGAGACUCUACCCAAAAUAAGGACCAGCACCAGGACGCGUUUCCUACGAAAAAUUCUAAACAAUGUGAAAUCGUCAACAAAUCGCAAAUUCGGGGGCAAGGCUGAAAAAGAGGAGGAAGCUAAGAAACCGAAAGCUUUAAAUGCCCCUAAUGGAAAAAGCAAGAAAAGGAAAGCAUCGAAAAGCUCUAAUGGUUCGAAAGCAAGUUCGAGCGCACCCUCUGCACAGACUUCCAUCCAUAAUGUGGGACCAAAGACGAUCCUAAACUCAACUACACGUGAAAAUCUGGCCUUGCAAUAUACGGCCCCCAAGUAAUAGGCCCAGAUAAAAACGGAAUGGUUAGAGUUUGUAUUGGCUGACCAAUCCGCAGACAGUUAAAAAAUCCCUUUGUUUCAAGUUCAACCACAUUUGGCGACGAUUGUAUUACUCACCCACACGCAUAUCAGCGGACCCAUAUCAUUCAUAGUCGCACCAAUUUAUAAUAGAUUUCAAUUUAUUGAACAGCAAAAUCAAUAUUGUCAGAUUGCUCAUACAAAUAUUGAAUAAAUUCGAUAGUAACAAUAAUUAACAACAAAAAUAUA